AUGGAGGGUGAUGGUCCGACUGGUAGUGCUGCCAUACCCGAGUAUCUUCAAAUGAAAAACACUCUCAAGAAGAAACUCGAUUCGUCAAACCGUAACGAUCCUUUACAUCCAAUGUUCGUCAAGAUGUUUGAGAAAACCAAUACUUACUUGUUGGAAGCACUUGCUUGUGAAACCCUGGUGAUUUCGACUAUUCUAAACCCAUCUUUCCGUCUUGCUAUCUUUGAGAAGCAUUUUCCAAAAGAAGCAUUGGAUGCAAAGAAAAGACUUGUGGAAUUGUUUGAAGAAAGAAAGAACCAAAUGGCGGAAAAGAUUCAACAAGAAAAGGAGCGUGAAAAGGAUACGGCUUUGAAGGAAAAGGAGACAAACGAAGACGAUAUCUACUCAUUUUUCAGUGGUCCAAGCAACAAUUCAGGCCAGGAUGAAAUAGAAAUGUACUUGGGAGGAGUGGAUUGUAUCAUCCACGGCAAUAAAAAGGAUUAUAUGUUUUCCGCAUUGAAUUGGUGGAAGCAGCAGAUGUCUGUACUAGUACUUGUGGCAAGUUGUUGCCAAGAACAAUUGAAAGAUCUGUAA